CGUGGAGUGGCGUAUUCCAAGCUAAAAGCGACGAUGCCGAUUCUGACGUUUAUUGCGCGGGUGUCCGAUGGGAUGCUCCUGGUGGCGUCCAUGGAAUCCGCGGGAGACUACAACGACAACUUGGACACGUACAAACAGCAGGGCAAGCAAAUCUUGAAGAAACUCAACCAGCGCUCGCCUGGGAAAUGCAGCAUUGAUUCCGGCGCGUAUGCAUUCCACUACCUCAUCGAAGAGGGUGUGUGCUACUUGACCCUCUCGGACAAGAACUACCCCAAACGUCUGGCGUUUCUGUACUUGGAAGAUAUCCACGGCGGCUUUAUCGACGAACUGCGUCGUGAUCACGGCGACAAUUGGCGCGACACCGUCACGACUGUGGCGCGGCCGUAUGCGUUUAUCAAAUUCGACAAAUACAUUCAAAAGAAGCGAAAGGAGUACACGGACCCCAGCUCAUCUCAAAACAUGUCGAAACUCAACAACGACUUGGCCGAUAUCCACAACGUCAUGCGCCAGAACAUCCAGGAAGUGCUCAACCGCGGCGAGGCCAUCGAUCGUACCCCCUCCUCCAUCUUCGUCCUUAUCACGUUGCUGAAGUCCGUCGUAGGUGUGUCCCAGAUCUCAUCCAACAUUGCCGACCGGUCGAAGGAGUUCAAGUGGGGCGCCAAGAAGCUCAGUCUGCAGGCAAUGUAUCAAAAGUAUGGACCACUUGUAGCCAUCGCAUUGUUUGUCGUGCUGGUGGUGUACUUCAAGUUCUUUUAAACAAGUUACUCGUUUACAAUGAACGCAUCUUGUCCCCAAUAUGAUUACUAUUCAC